UCCAAGGCGGAAGUGCUGCCGUUGACUGUCGUGUCCCGCCCCACCGGGCCACUUUGUUUCCUCUUAGCGCUGCCGAAAACCCGGCUGAUAAGAAAUAGUCGCGUGCGAAAGCGGCCUCGGCGAAGCCGUGCGGCCAAAUUACUCCGCGAUGUUCGAGUCAACGGAUUCGCGAUGAGCACGGUUGGCGACCGCUGGCGGAGACGCACGAGGAGCGCGCGAGCCUGCCGCAAGCUAGCAGCAGGCUCGCGAGGCGACGAGGCCGCUGUGCUGCGAUGCCUGAGCGACGCCAACGACACGGAGGAGGACAUCGGCUUCUUCAAGCAGGGCGACUUGGAGAGAAAGGUCAUGGCGCCGCGGUACAGCCUGCUCCGCGAGGUCGGCAGGGGCACGUACGGCGUGGUGUACGAAGCGCUCGCCCGCAGGUCUGGUGCCAGAGUUGCCGUGAAGAAGCUCCGGUGCGACGCGCCGGAAAACGUCGAGCUCGCCCUCCAGGAGUUCUGGGCGCUAACGAGUUUGGAGAAACGCCACCGAAACGUCGUCCAACUCGAAGAGUGUGUGCUCCAAAGGAACGGGAUGGGCCAAAAAAUGAGCCACGGGAACAAGCGGUCGAGACAGUAUCUGCGGCUCGUGGAAACCUCUCUCAAAGGUGAGAGAGUGCUGACGCCCCCAGAAGAGCCCUGUUACUUGUGGUUUGUCAUGGAGUUCUGCGAAGGGGGUGACCUCAACCAGUUCAUCCUGUCUCGGCGGCCUGACUCGCAAACCAACAACAGCUUUAUGCUACAGCUUACCAGCGCUGUGGCUUUCUUGCACGAGAACAAGAUUGUACACAGAGACCUGAAACCGGACAAUAUCCUCAUCUCUGAGAGAUCGGGGACUCCUGUCCUCAAGGUUGCAGAUUUUGGCCUGAGCAAAGUUUGUGCAGGUUUUGGAAAUGUUAUCGAGGGCAAAGAAGGUGAGGACAAAAACAAAAACGUCAACGUCAACAAGUUUUGGUUGUCAUCAGCAUGUGGCUCAGACUUCUACAUGGCUCCCGAAGUCUGGGAAGGUCAUUAUACAGCCAAGGCUGACAUAUUUGCCCUAGGCAUCAUCAUUUGGGCCAUGUUGGAGAGAAUUACUUUUAUUGAUGCCGAGUCCAAGCGAGAGCUCCUUGGAACGUAUGUGAGACAGGGAGCAGACAUUGUACCAGUGGGUGAGGCGCUGCUAGAGAAUCCAAAGAUGGUACUGAACAUCCCCCAGAAACGCAGGUCAUGCAUGUCCGACGGAGUGAGGAAGCUGCUGCUGGACAUGCUUGCUGUCAACCCUCAGGACCGACCAGAUGCUUUCGAGCUCCAGACAAGAAUGGACAAGGUUAUGUGUCCUGCAUGACUCUCAUUCUGAUCAUUUCUCAGACUUGCGUCUCGACCUGGCGCCGCCGCUUGACGCGAGUGUUCCUGUUCUACGUGGCGACUGUGAAGAUCAACGGGGAAAGCGUUUGUACCCGCGGUCGAACGCUGACAUUUGGCGACCUUGAGCUCCAAGAGCUCAUCCUGACGGAGAAGAUUUGUAUUGCCUCGAUUGUUCUGAAUAAAAGAAAAAACCUCGCAUCUCCUGCUUUUUGUGGGUACGUGUAAAAAAAAAAAAAAAAAAAAAAAAAUGUAUGACCUCUCCUCUCUCAAAGAUCCAUCUUCCCUGCCCUCCAUUCUCUCUCGCUCUCCUCUUUCUUGAACACUCCGGCACACUUAAACGCAAGCAUACCUGCAAGUUCACAUGACUUGGUCCCAGCCGUAACUCUCGGCCAAUAAUGACUCCCGACCGUUCCGUCUUAACGGAUCGUCUUUGGGAAUUGAAUUGAGGAAAUUCCGUGAAUUGUAUCAGUCGAAAUGUUACAGAUGCAUACUCUUCAACAGAAAGCCAAACGGGUCGUUUUCGGUGGUCUGGAGGCGCGUGGGCCAACAAGUUGAACUUCACACCGACGGUGCCUUCUAAGCUUCGGGAAGUUAAGGUUUGGCUUAAUGCUCGCCAAACUGCGGGGGCCUUUUUAUUGACGAAAUGGUUCAGGGAGCACGGAUGGUCUGAAUUUAGCAUGGAGUGUGUAAAAGUGGCAUGCGAUGCUGGCCCCCCACCCCCUUCUUUUGCUGUUAAUAGUAUUUAAUGAUUGUAUGUUCCGGGAGCGGUGACGUUGAUGUAUUUGAUUCUUGUGAAAGUUGCUCAUAUUGCUUACAUUUAUUUGGGAACUUGGUCAAGGAUCAAAAGUAUAAUGUGGAAGAGUUCCCCCCCCCCCCCCCCCCCUACCAAAGAUUGUGCGACUGGUCAAUGACUCCAAAUGCACUAGCUCGUGUUUCUGCACACUUUUUUUUUUUUUGCUGAGCCUUUUCAUCCUUUUUUCAAAUGUAUUUUCAGUCCCUCAGACCUUUCAGUGCAGCUAAUUGCUGAGGUAUUCUAUAUGCUGCCUUUUUCUUUCAAUAAAGGUUUGAAACAUA